CCAUCCAUGCUUUUGUUCCGGCCCUCUGGUCCAGUUUAAGAACCCAUUGUGGCCCUCGAGUCAAAAAGUUUGCCCACCCCUGGUAGUCCUUAGACGCCUGUCUUACAUAGACAAGAUGAAGAUGGCACCUCUGAAAUAGAACUGAAAAUUGAGGAAGAAGUAACAGAAGAAGUUGUAAACAAAGCCUUCUAGCAUCUGAUUUAAUAAGGGGUUUUUCUCUUGACUUCUGGAUUAUUAGUGUGUUCCAGAAAGGUUGAGUAGAUUUAAGUGCAGAUUGCCUGAUAUCUACUGUCUUGAGCCACAAAGUGAUUUCAGAGGUGUAAGGCAUAUCAUGAAUCUUUAUUUAGACAGGUCUUUGGGAGUUUUCUUCAGUAGUGGACCACAGGAUUUUCCAUUUUCUCUUCUAACUUACCAGGCCCCUUCCUUUUAUUUUGUACUAUUUAGUAGUUAGGAUGAUUUCAAAAAGCACACUUUUACAUAGAUAUCUAUAUCUAUAUCUAUAUCUAUAUCUUGUUUCGUAUAUACAGACCUUUGAACCAUGGAAGCCAAAAGCCUUUAUGAUAACAAAUUUUUCUCAUUUAAAAGUAAGGUAAAAAAUUUGUAUUUUAAUAAAUUUAAGAAGGAAUGGCUAAUAAUACUGUAUUAAGUUCCAAAAUUAUAGAAUGUCCUGCUGCAUCCAAAAAGACUAGUGAUGUUUAAAAGUUAUUUAACAAACGUCAGUGCCUGCUGUGUGCAAGUUACUGCACUAGGCACUUAGCCAUUACGAAGAUGAAUAAGACCUAGCCCCUGCCUUCUUACUGCUUAUUGAUGGGGGAAGACAGACAAGGCCACGAAUUAGACAAAGGAGCUGGGAGUGAAGCUCAGAGAGGAAUUAGGCAGAACAGUAGCAGUGUCAAGAAUAAAAUUUAAAAGGCUGAUGGUUCUAAAUUGUAUAACCUAAUUAUAUAUGACUAUUAGAGAGCCUAUGGCUUAUCCCAUCAUCUCCGAUCUCAUUGGGGAUCUGUCCCUAAAAGUUAUCACCUCCUAGUCUUGUAUAUUCAGGCCCCCACUUUGUAAUGGUUCUCUUUCAAAAUUUAGAAGUAUGUAAUUUGAAGGAUGUGUAAUAUUUGAGAAACCUGAAAAUGUGUUUCUGGGCCUGGGUUUUGACUUUUUUCUUCUCUUUUUUCCUUAGGCUUUCUUCCUCGUGUUCAUAGUUUCACCUAACAUAUGAAUUUAUUAUUUAUAUCCAUUCAGAAUCCCUCCUGAACUCCGAAAACAAAACUGCCUACUGGACUUGACCACAUGAAUACCAGUAGUAUAUCAAACACACUAUGUCAAGAACUAAAUUCCCUUUUUUCCUUUCCUCUUCCUUUCUGCCAAAAGUAUUUUCUUCUUCCUUUAUUGGUUAAUGGUACCAUUAUUCUCAACCAUGUAAACUUGAAAUCUUAGAUUCAUUCUUGAAUUUACUCUUCAGUCUUACUUUACACCCACAUCCCAAUUUCUUUGCUUUUUUUUUUUCCUUUGGUUUUACCUUCUAGUCUCCUGUACCUAUCUGUUUCUUACCUCAAUUAUUGAUCCUUGGUACUAUAGCCAGAGAUACCCUCCUAAAACACAGUCAAAUCAUAUUCACUUUCUCAAAAACCUGCAAAGACUUAGCAUUGCCGAAAAAAGAUCAAACCAACUUGCAUAGAAUUUAUGCCUUUUACUAUCUGUACUACAUUGAGGCUGCAUGUUUUUCUACCGACUCCAUCUAGCCAGAGAGACACAUCUCAAUUCAGAGGCAGCUUGCUGAUCUAGAGAAGUUAGCUUUUGUAAAUGAAGGGGAUUUUGACUCUGCUAGUUCAUUGAACUCAGAUCAUCUUGAUGCAGGUUACAGAAUGUGCAUCUGCCACUUACCUUGUCGACCAGUGAAACCAAAUAUUAUUGGAGAACAGAUAUCCAGUAAAAUGGGCGCCCAUUAUCAUUGUAUCAUUUGUUCAGCAACAAUCACCAGAAGGACUGAUAUGCUAGGACAUGUUAGGCGCCAUGUGAAUAAAGGAGAGACUAAAUCCAGGUAUAUUGCUGCUUCUGCUGCUAAACCACCUACUGAAAUUUUGAAAGAGGUAGACACAGAUGUACAAGUUUGUCCUAAUUAUUCUGUACCACAGAAAACAGAUUCCUAUUUUAAUCCCAAAAUGAAACUAAAUCGGCAGCUAAUAUUCUGUACUUUGGCUGCUCUGGCUGAGGAGCGAAAACCUUUGGAAUGUCUGGAUGCCUUUGGAGCCACUGGGAUAAUGGGAUUACAAUGGGCAAAACAUCUUGGAAAUGCAGUCAAGGUUACCAUUAAUGACUUGAAUGAAAACUCUGUGACCUUGAUUCAGGAAAACUGCCAUUUAAACAAAUUGAAAGUGGUGGUGGACAGUAAAGAAAAAGAAGAGGGUGAUGACAUUCUUGAAGAAGGAGAAGGAAAGCUUGGUAAUAUUAAGGUGACCAAAAUGGAUGCCAAUGUACUGAUGCAUUUGAGAUCUUUUGAUUUCAUACACCUAGACCCUUUUGGAACAUCCGUGAACUAUCUAGAUUCUGCAUUCAGAAAUAUAAGAAACCUUGGCAUAGUAUCAGUGACUUCUACAGAUAUCAGUUCUUUAUAUGCCAAGGCACAGCAUGUUGCCCGGCGACACUAUGGCUGUAACAUUGUCCGAACUGAAUAUUACAAGGAACUCGCAGCCAGAAUUGUUGUAGCGGCAGUGGCAAGAGCUGCAGCUCGAUGUAACAAAGGCAUAGAAGUACUAUUUGCAGUGGCUCUGGAACAUUUUGUCUUGGUCGUUGUGAGAGUUUUGAGGGGGCCUACUUCUGCAGAUGAAACAGCCAAGAAGAUACAGUAUCUGAUACAUUGUCAGUGGUGUGAAGAGAGAAUUUUUCAGAAGGAUGGUAAUAUGGUAGAAGAAAACCCGUAUAGACAGCUGCCCUGUAACUGUCAUGGAAGCAUGCCUGGAAAGACAGCAAUAGAACUUGGACCUCUAUGGUCAAGCUCCCUCUUCAAUACUGGAUUUCUCAAAAGAAUGCUAUUUGAAUCUCUUCACCAUGGUUUAGAUGACAUUCAGCCCCUAAUAAAGACAUUAAUCUUUGAGUCAGAGUGUACUCCUCAAAGUCAGUUUUCAGUUCAUUCACCUUCAAAUCUCACCAAGCAAGAAGAAUGUGGUAUAUCUAUUAAAACUACAGAUGAUACCACAACAGAUAAUUACAUUGCACAAGGAAAAAGAAAAUGUACUGAAACAAUCACAAAUUUAGCCAAGAAACAAAAGGCUGAUUCCAGUACCGAACAUCCUCCCUUUUAUUACAACAUCCACAGACACAGCAUUAAAGGGAUGAAUAUGCCAAAGUUAAAAAAGUUUCUGUGCUAUCUUUCUCAAGCAGGCUUUAGAGUAAGCCGAACUCAUUUUGACCCAAUGGGUGUUCGUACAGAUGCACCUCUGAUGCAGUUUAAAUCUAUCCUUUUAAAGUACAGCACCCCCACCUACACUGGAGGACAGUCAGAGGGCCAUGUCCAAUCUACAUCAGAAGAUACAGUAGCUGACAGGGUUGAAAUGUCAGUGAAUGACAAAGCAGAAGCAAGCAAUUGCAGAAGAUGGUAAAAGUAGAGAAGUGUUUAUUCCCAUACAUCUUUAUAGAUCAUCUGUCUAAUACUUCUCCAUACCAACUGUAGUUCUUUUUUUAUUCUUUCAAUUCAGUGGUGUAAAAAUAAAAGUGCUGUUUUCAUUUUAAAAGUAGCAGUUUCUAACUUAACUGGUUUGGGAGUUAGGCUUUCCAAGUUUUUCUUAAAGAAAACUUAGAAUUGUAAGGAAAACAUUUCAUAUGAAGCCAAGAUUGACUGAGAUCACCUACUAUUUAAUAACUUAGAAAAUUCUCACAUGCAAAGUAUUUGGAAUUUUAUGUAUGUCACGUAAGUUACAUCUCUGCUUAAAUUGAUGCUGAAUAGGAAGAACAGUAUCCUUUCAGGUCACUAAUAUAUUUCACAAUUACGAAGUUAAAAUACAUUCCUGAUUUUAAGAAUUCACAUCUCUCCCACAUUAAUCUUUUAAUUUUUAGUUUUUGAGAAAUUAAAUACUUGCCUGAGCUAGAAAUCCAUUUUUUUCUAAGUUUCAGGUCUAGAUGACUACACUUGAGAGUAAUAGUUUGCCAAAGUAAAUUGAGGUGACUGUUCCAAUUAUAAUUGUUCACAAGCACUGAAAUUCUCAAGAGAUUUUGUUAUAAACAAAUUGGGUGAUCUCAAGUGCCUCAGUUAAUGCAUGUAAAUAUUCAUUUGCUUGGUUGUGCUACCUCAGAUGUAAAACUUGCCCACUUACAAAGUGAGGAUUUUUUGUUUUGGGGGUAGAUUUUUUGG